ACCCACGUCUGGCAAGCGAGGGAGCAAGGGCGCGCUCUCGGCGGGGCUGCCGAGGGCGCGCGUCUCCGGGGAAGCGCCCGGGGGCUCCUCCUGCUGCGGGGAUGACACGGGGUGGGCUGGGGGCGCGAGUGGGGUGAGUGGCGGGGCGGCGAUGGCAAACUUUUCUUUUGCUGAGCGGGAAAGGGGGUGUCCCUUGGCGUUGGGCUGGGCCGGGGUCGCGCGGAGUCUCCUCUUUUCUCCCUCGGCUCAUUCAUUCCUCUCUCAACGCGGCUGGCUGGGCUCCUUUCAGAUCUUUUUUUUUGACCUGGUUAACGCAGAAGGGGGACCCCCCCCCCGACAUGCCGGGCCAAGUUUAGCUUAGACGAGGCUGGCGAAGUUUUCCAUGUCAUUUCCUGUUGCUGCCCUCCCGAGCCGAGCACCCACCCACCUCGCAGGCUCUCCUCGGCCGCGCUCCCGCUUUCCUUGCUGCCCCGACGCUCUCUCUGGGAUGCGCGCUCGCCCUCCGGCCGGGGGGCUCCGGCGAGGCUUCCUGGGCUGCGCGCAGCUCCGCCGAGAGGAAUCGUGAAAGGUAAAAAAGGAAAAGGGAGCCCCGUCUUCUCUCCGGGGCGAACAAAGCCGCGGGAGGAGGAGGCUGGCAGAGCGAGGGUGGGGGUGGGGGGGCUGCUUUUCCACGGAGCCACCGGGACCUUUGACAUCUCCAGGUGCGCCCUCUUAGAGGGGGAGAACAAGGGAAAGGCCGGGGAGCCGAGCACCUGGGGGCCCGAGGUCCCUUUGGAGAGGUGCUGCCGAGCACCCGGAGUUUGCUUCCAGAACCAGGUCAGAAGCAGGUUCCGGACUACCUUUCCAUUCGUAUUAGGAGGAGGAAAAGCUGGCGGCAGCAGUUCAGAAUGAAAGACCCCAAGCGAGGUUUGUUUGGCAAGCAGUGGCUCAUUCGCCGUGGAAUAAUUCGAGAAAAGAGUAAUUCAGGAGAAAAAGCAACUCAGAGCUGGAAAGGAGCUGUGAAUAUGAGCAAGCAUGGCGCUCGAAAUGUGUGCUCUUUAGUUUCUGUGUAGGGUUGUUUCCGGCAGAAUACUGUAUAUGGACCUACUUUAGUUUUCGCAGAAGUAGCAAAGAAGUUGUACGUUCAUAGACGUGAAGUUCUCUCUUAAAAACCGAUACUGUUUUUAAUUUUAAUAAUUACACUGUUUCAUUACAUACUGCUAAAACUAGAAAUACACUCAUAUCCUGCUGCAUACAACAUACCGGUAACCGUAACGCGCAGCACUAACACGGGGACAUUGCUAGGCACCUGAAACACUCAGGGCUCCUGCCCAGGACAGAAAUUUGCAUAAGACAGGCAUAUGCUAAUUUAGAUAUAAAGAUGCCGAUUUGGGGUGCUUUUAUAGGGGAAAACAAACAAACGGUGGCUUUUGCUGUCAGCUGUGUUCCGGGCAGUGUGCCCGGCUCCCCUGCUAAACAAAGUAAGGCCGGGGUCAGGAGGUCCGGGGGCAGCACGAAAAGCUUGUGGCCUCUGGUCCCCGUCCUCCGUCUGAAACAUCGCUGCACUAGAGUUGUUUUUCACAGGUGUAUGUCAAUUUCUGUAAUGAUUCCUUCUCUUCCUUCCCAGCAUUUUGUCAAGCAUCAGUUUCACCAUAAGACAUUCCUCUUAAUUUAAAGGAAACAGAGUCUCUUGACUCCAUCUCUCUUUCUCGAAAAUGUAUCUACAGUUACCUCCCCUAUUUUCCUGAUCUUGACUGCUGCGCUCCCUUUCUGAAACACUUUGGGGGGUUACUUUAAGUGCUAAACCAGUUUAUCUGCUAAUAUUAAUGUUAUUUCUAGAGGUGCCGGACAGCCAGCAGUUUCUAUUACUUGGGUUAGACUUUUGAGUUUUUAAUGAAGUUAAAAUGCCUUGUAGAAAUAUGAACUGUAAAAAAGAGGAAAAUGCAGAAUUUCUCUUUCUCAUUCCUGUUGUUUUGUAGACAAACAGAACAUUAAAAGAGAGCAAUGGUAGAAACAUACAGAAGCGGCUCACAAGGUUGAGAUGCCUUCUGAGCAGGGCCGACCCACCCAGGAGGCAAGGGGAGGCAACUGCCUGAGGGGGCAGGAUCCACAGGAGCAGCAGAUCUGGCCACCAAGGGAAGCAUCACCUGCUCCUCCUGCUGCUGCUGCAGUGGCAGCAAUGACUACAGCCCCUCCUCCUCCUCAGCAGCCCCCCCCCCCAUACCACCUAUACCAUGGCCUCUUGGUGAAUCAGGGGCGCUGAGCUCCUUCCACCACUAGGCAGGAGAAGGCAGGGGCUGCCCUCUGGGGUCUCCUGGGCUCUGCACCUGCCCAGCAUAAUUCAGAGAGGGCCCCUUUGGAUUCUCAGUUCAGUCGUCAAGUCAGGUUGAUUUGAUUCCUACCCUGUUCUCAACGUAGAUUUUUCUUCCUCCCUUGUUCCUGAUGUAGAUCUUCACUCACCCCUUAUUCCCUUGCUGGGGGGAUGGGGUGGGCACCAUUUGGUGGUUCACCUCAGGUGCCAAAAUUUCUUGGGCCAGCUGUGUUUCAGAAGCAACUGGUAAUUAAUUCAAGCAUGCCAGAAAGAAGUUUGUGACUUGCUAUCCUGGUUUUCUAUAUGAACACAAACCAUAAGAAGGAGGAAGUGCUAUAAGUUGAGCAGGCCGUGUUUGUAACCCAGGAGUAGGGUCCUUCUUAGCCUGCAUCUACUCAUGAGUAGUCAAACAGAGGCAUUCAUGAAAAUCUCUAGUACUUGCUACAGGAUGGGCAUAGUCAGCAUUUAUUUUGGGGGGGCAGGCUUUUUGUUAGGGGGAGGCAGAACUGAGUUAUCUGCAAUGCAAAUGGUCAGUUAAUUACCGUAUUUUUCGCUCUAUAAGGCGCACCAGACCACGAGACGCACCUAGUUUUUGGAGGAGGAAAACAAGAAAAAAAAUAUUCUGAAUCUCAGAAGCCAGAACAGCAAGAGGGAUCGCUGCGCAGUGAAAGCAGCAAUCCCUCUUGCUGUUCUGGCUUCUGGGAUAGCUGCGCAGUCUGCAUUUGCUCCAUAAGAUGCACACACAUUUCCCCUUACUUUUUAGGAGGGGAAAAGUGAGUCUUAUAGAGUAAAAAAUACAGUAAGUAUUUCUAUUUAUUUACUUUAUUGGGGAGGCAGCUGCCUCCCCUGCUCCCCCCCCCACCGUGCCCAUGUGCUACACCCCUACAGUCCCACUUCUGCAGCUCCCACUUCUCCCAGAGACUGGCAACUGAUGGACCAGAGCUCCCCCACCCUAUUAGGGAAGCAAAUGUGGAUCAGGGGCUGCCAGCUGUGGACUCUUACUCAGUUGGCAUGUUGUCUGUUUAGGCAUUGGGUUAAAUAGAUGUUGUGACCAGGUAUUCAGGCCAGUGCAGCCUUUUGGCAUGGUAACCGUUUUGGACGGGUCUUCAGAGCCUGUGCUGAAUGCAUACCCUCUAGCAUUCCUCAGAUGAAAAUAGGGACAUUUCUCACUCCCUGCCAGCUGACCCUCCUUGACCCACCAUUUUUUUGUCCAUCCCCCUGCUGCAGAGCAUUUCCACCACCCCCACCCCAAUGGGACAGAGCACACAGCUUCCACUGUCCUGAGAAAGUCCCUGAAUCCUGAUUUCAUUUUAUUCUUUGGUAGAUUUACAAAAAGCACUGGCAGGGGAUAUAGGGACAUUCUGGGAUCAAAUAAUUGCAUUUUCACUUUUAAUUUGUAUACCACCUUUCUAUAUUAGUAUUCUCAAGGUGGUUUACAAGUUGAAGAAACAAGAAAAUAGAGAGCAAAGAUCACACACAUAAUAACAUUCUGAUCCAACACAAAAAGUCACAAUAACUUUAAAAUAAACAGCUUAAAUCAAAUAAAGCAAUAUUGCCAGCUCAAGAAGUCUGAAACUGGUAUCACGAUCUGAACUUCAUACUGGUUUCAGACAAAGAAUUGGAAUAUUGCUCAGCUUUAGACUAAAGAACCCUUUGUGAUCGAGGUAACGUAAGAAAUGAAGAGGCAUUCCCAGAGCAACUUGAAAAUACCCAAACAUAGGGGAAAGAAGCCGGAGGCAUUCAUGCUCCCUAUUAAGGGGAUCAGAGGCUCCUAAACCCCUUCUGCAAAUUCAGCCACGCCCGUCUGAGUCUCCUGCACUGGUCUGACGGCUUUGCUGAGCCCUGACUUAGGAGCAAGGAGGCUUCCCUGAGGCACCAGCUGAUGUGCUGCCUGGAUCUCAGUCUGUGGGUGCCUGUUAUUUGCCCAAGAAAGGGACCUUUCUCCUGCAAAUGUGGACUGACCUUUACAGCUGUUUAAGUUUUUGUUGUUGUUGUUGAUUAGCCAGUCACAGUAAUUAUUAACUGUAUUUUUAUUCUUAAAUGGUGUUUAAUAUUUUGAUGCUGUGCACUACCCUGAUAACUUCAUAAUAUGGCAGUAAUAGAAAUACUUUGAUAAAUAAACAAAUGUGUUAAAAAUUGCUUUUGUUCUGUUCUGCCUCUUAAGUCGUUUUUGCUAGUUCAUCUAUUACAGCUAAGAGAUCGUUACUGUUCUCCGGAUUGUUAGAACAUAAAUUCUUUCGUUCGUUCGUUCAUUCAUUCAUUCAUUAUAUCACCCUCCAUCUGAAGAUCUCAGGGUGGUUCACAAGAUAAAAGUACAGGAUGAAAGCACAAAAUAAAUAGUUAAAACAAAAACAACACCCACCUCGUGCCACAAAAACAUUUAAAUGGCUGUCGAAUAUUUAUCAGCCUGGCUGCAGAGAAACUUUUUCGCCUGGCACCUAAAGAUGUAUAAUGAAGGCGCCAGCUGAACAUCCCUAGGCAGAGCAGUUCCUAGGAUUUACGUUACUACCAAGCCUGAAGUUCAUGCUCUGCUAUUUGGCCUUGUAAUUGCGUAGUGUUUGGGUGCAUCUUACUUACAGGGUCUGUAUUUGAGACUCUGCUUCAGUUGCCUGUUGUUGCACCUAAAGAGCAAGUUUUGAUUUCAGGUCUCUCUGUAAGCCAGGGCAAGCAUAUGACCGAGGGCCUCGGCAGACCCUCCAAGUGCCCCAGGGACACCACUGAUUUACAGAAGCCCUCCUGCUUUUCCUUAGGUCGUCCCUAUUUUCACUGGAGAAACGUUGGAGGGUAUGGAUUUAUCCAACCCCCGGUCCCUCUGAAGGCAAUCCUGUAAAGGGAUUUUAAAAAAAAUGUUUAAUGUUUUAUUAUGUUUUUAUGUAUGUUGGAAGCUGCUCAGAGUAGCUGGGGUAACCCAGUAAGAUGUGUGGGGUAUAAAAAGUAAAAUCAUCAUUAUGGAAUUGGAUGUUUCUAUUUUCAUCAGAGAAAUGUUGGAGGCUCUGCCUAUGUGAAAUAAAUGUUGUCACACUGAAUGGGGUGUAUGUCACUGAUCAUAUGGUGUUGUCACAGGCAGGGGUGAAUCUAGGUUUCAUUUCACCUGAGUCAAAGACGCAGUUUGGCAACCCCUGUGUGCAUUUGUGUACACACACAGGCUGGGAGCCUCAGUGGAGCCCCUUCUAGAGGCGUUAGGUAAAGGUAAAGGGACCCCUGACCAUUAGGUCCAGUCGCGGAUGACUCUAGGGUUGUGGCGCUUUAUAGGCUGAGGGAGCUGGCGUUUGUCCGCAGACAGUUUUUCUGGGUCAUGUGGCCAGCAUGACAAAGCCGCUUCUGGCAAACCAGAGCAGCGCACGGAAAAGCCAUUUACCUUCCUAUUUAUCUACUUGCACUUUCACAUGCUUUCGAACUGCUAGGUUGGCAGGAGCUGGGACCGAGCAACGGGAGCUCACCCUAUCGUGGGGAUUCAAACCAUCAACCUUCUGAUCGGCAAGCUCUAGGGUCUGUGGUUUAAACCACAGCCUCACCCACGUACCGGAGGCAAAAAAACCCUCUGUUCCCUCUCCCUGCUCCCUUGCUCCCCCAUAGCUCUGGCUCUGGUGUUUGCUGUAGAUAACAAGUGGUAUUCUGUCACUUUCUCUUCUGGAUUUGUAAGUGGUCUCCCAGGUAUCCGUUUCCCUCCUUUUCUUGAUUGUGGAUUUUUGUCAGACAAGCUAGAACAAAUGGCUCUAGACAAGGGACGGUGUGCCAUGUGCUGAGCAGAAGCUUGCUGCCUGCAGAGAUUUGCAGCAGUCAGUAUAUUUGUGACAUAUGAUGGUGCUUAUAUGGCAACCGCCUAGUUGAAGUGGGUGCUCUAGAACAGGGGUUGGCAAGGUUUACCUCGCCUGGGCCAGUUCACUCCAGAGGAGAUCCCUCUGUGGGCUGGAUUGUGCAUGUGUGCGCGAUUACCAGCAUCUGCGUCUACACAGACACGAUUUCUGGCGCUGCAGAAGCGAGUCCCUGUGCCAGUUUAGCGCAGCGCGUGGGGACUCACCGAGCAGGUGGCUUGGUUCAGGGGCGGCUCGUGGGCCAGUUAAAUGACCCCCGUAGGCCGCUUAUGGCCCAUGGGCCUUAGGUUGCCUACCCCUGCUCUAGAAAGUGGGCCUGCUGCAGGGACGGCUCCGCUUCCAGGUUGUUGCUGCUGCUGUUAUUACCCCUGCUACAAUGUUUAUGUUUCUCAAAUGUGAUGCACAUGGUUUCAAAGUCAUGUGCAUAAGAAAACAGAAAUGAUAAGAACAUAGAUGCAAUUACCGUAUUUUUCGUCCUAUAGGAUGCACCGUCCCAUAAGGCACACCUAGUUUUUUGGGGGGAAAUAAAGGGGAAAAAAUUUACUUCCCCCCCCCAGGCGUGGGGUUGGGGCGGGGGAAGCCCGAGCUUCCAGAACAGGCAAUUCUCCGCAAGCCAUGGGAGCCCGCGCCGGGCUCCCGCGCCUUGUGAAGAGCUGCACGAAGCCUGGGCGCGCUGAGCUCAGCGCGCCCAGCCUUCGGCAUGCAGGCAACUCUCCGCAAGGCAUGGGAGCCUGGCGCGGGCUCCCAUGGCUUGCGGAGAUCUGCGCGAAGCCUAGAGAGCAAGAGGGGUCAGUGCGCACCAACCCCUCUCGCUCUCCAGGCUUCAGCGAAAGCCUGCAUUCGCCCCAUAGGACGCACACACAUUUCCCCUUCAUUUUUGGAGGGAAAAAAGUGCGUCCUAUGGUGUGAAAAAUACGGUAACAAAAACUGCAGACUAAAAUUUUUAAGUGAGUGAUUCAUCUUUAUUCAGCCAUUUUAGAAACUGGAUUAGGAGUCUGUCAGCAUGAACAGAACGUAUCUAGCUGAGAAACGUUAAGGAUGUCUUGAAGACAGAGCCACAGGCAAGGGAGACUUCCCGCCAGGAUUUCAGCUACUUUUACUUUACCAUCAAGCAUCACCAUCAGAUAUGUGGGCUUCCCCAUCCUUACAGACUCUUAAUCCAGUUUCUAAAAUGGCUGCAUAAAGAUGAAUCAUAAUUACUAUUAAUUUUAUGUCUUUCUGCCUGGCUGACUCUCUCUCCACAGCUCUCCCUGGAGGAGAGAAGCACAAGCAAACAUUGGCUAGACAACUCACAAUUUUGAGAAUAGAUCUUAAGCUGUAAACUCUGCUUUGCUUUCUGGGUCAUGAUUAGAGUGCCAGGGGUUGGGGAAAGCACUAAGAUAUAAAACUGAUCAGGUAUCUAUGAUAUGUAAAGUGGCAGAAAGGAGAUUUCUAAAAUUAACAGUAGUAGCAACAGCAGCAACAGCAGCAGCCCCUUAGUUUAAAAAACACAUAAACACACCCAUCUAGUGCGGCAGAAGCAGCUGAGCUACCCGAAAGCCUCUUCAGCAUGAGACCCCAAAGAAGAGGCCAAGUUGUGGUUCUCUCCCUGCCUUCCACCCUUGCAAACAUAUUGUGGAUACUUAAGCACUUUAGUUUUACAAAUAACAGCUAACUAAACUGAAAAGUGCUGCUUCUCUACAUCUUUUCUGAUUCUUUCUCUAUCCUCGCCAUUUGCAAAGAAACAGAAGACACUUAUUAAUACUUAGCAGCUAAUUGAGAUUUGCUUGCUUGUUUGUUUAUUGCAUUCAUAUUUCAAAUUUUCUCCAAGAAAUUUAAUCAAAAUAGAGGCUCAGGAGGGUCCCCUGCCCUUCCUAAGCCACUCCUAAUGAAAUAUGCUAGAAUGUUGUUUUCAACCCUGGAAACAGGGAUGGGACAUAGACAUGGUUGUGGUUGUGUGUGCUGUCCAGAGAUGAGUGGCCAGCCCAGGAGACAGUCAGAAACAAGUCCAGAGCAUCUCUUAAUGUAAGAUAUUGGAUAUGCAUGUAAGGAACAGAGAAAGAAAUGGGCUCUAGCUUAGGUGGAUUGGGGGGUUUAGGGUGGGCAGUGCCCUACCUGCCCUAAUGGACCAGUCUCUAUGGACUUGGCAUCAUAAUGACAUCUGGUGUUUGGGUGCUUUGAAGUCCCAAAGUUGGGACUUCACAGCAUCAUGUAGGACUUGCAAACAGCCCUUUAAAGCAUUUGAGGUACUGCCCAUCAGCUGGUAAGUGGUAAAGCCAAAGCCUGCUUCCCAUCUGCAUCAGUUGCCCAAGUUAGCUCUUCACGGAUGACUCCAGCUGUGUAGCUCCUGCUGCACCUUGCCAAUGCACAACCGAGAGCACGCUUGAACGCUCUCAAUUCUUGUCUCUACCCCCACCACAUCUGAUGGGCAGGUAGGCAUGGCUUGGGGGAAAUGGCCUUGCAGGUCAAAUGUGCAAGGCCCUGGCAUGUGUCCUGUGGUGCAGUGGCUUCCCACCCCUGCCUUACAAGGUGGGGACAACACUGACCCAAGAGUCAGUAGUAUAUCACACUUUAAUACAUGUUGCAGCUUAUAUCUUCACUCAUUAAGAGCUCAGGCUAAGGGAGGCUUGUAGUGCUUUCCAGGCCUCUGGGGGAGUUUCAGGGAGAGAAAAGAAGAAAAUGGCAGCUCCCCCUCCCUCGCUGGGCUCCCUUACAUGGCAGCAGAGCCUUCUGGCUGCAGGUGCCAUUCCCUCUGUGCAAAGCUGUCGGGGAUGCAUUCCAGGAGUGGGUUGAGCCACACACCCUUAACACUGACACACACUCCCUGAGCACACAUGGCUCUCACACACAACCCCCUGCUUGUUCCCCCCCCUCCUCUGAUCCACUCAGAUAAGCUGAGGAAGGGAGAGUCCCUUCCCCUGAACUCCUCCUCUUACUCUCCUUGAGUGUUCAGGGAUUGGGUCUUCUCUUUUUAGAAAAGGUGGGGGCAGAGGGUACAUGUGUAUUUGUGUGUAUGGGGGGGGGGUGUCCAGCCAGUUCUGAAGGCAUAGCGAUCCUGGCUGCUUCGUUCAGGCUGUGGACAGGUUGCCCCAAGAAACACAGGAAGCAUCACCUGCUGCCUCUGAAAAGAGACUUGUGUGUCCUCAGCUGCCAUUGCUGCAGAACCUCUGGGCUUUCUAGCAGCUGAAGAACUGACCUUUACAGGAGUUUUAAAAGGGGGAUAAUAAUGGGGGGGCCUUAUGCAUCACCUCACAUUAUUGUAAGCAAAGUUGUACCCCCCCACUCAAAAGCCCACCCCCAUCUGGGGAACCUAGCUCCCUUUGCUAUCUUUGGAAUGGAUUUUGCUUCCCACCGAAAAAUGACAAACAUUCCACUGUGAGGACUUUCAGAUCAGCCCUGCCUGCUUUCUCUCGCAGAUGUGCGUCACCCCAAUGUCCUUCUGUCCCUCUCUGAGUCCUCCAGCAAGCUUGCCCUUCUCCCUCCUGGCUUUCUCUCUAGCCCAGCAGGGAUUGUGUGAGCUUUGGAGUUCCCUUGAGCUGCAGAGGGAGCAGUUGGGGCUGAAAGGUUGAAGGCUAAGUUCCAAGGAGGUGGACUUUAGACUAAGGGACAGGCCAAUAGAAUCUGACUGUUCUCAUUCUGGAAGGGGAUGGCAAAAAGAAAUUGCCUUGAAAAGUGGGGAAGAAAUUCAGUGACAUUUGGUGUGAGGUAGGAAGUGUGAAGGGUCUUUCUGCUGAGCGGUCCAGGGUGGUGAAAGUUUUACAUUGGUCUCCAGAACAAGACCAAACUGCACAUUGUUAAAUGCACAGCACACAGUUGCACCUUCAAUUCUUAUAAAAUUCCUUGCCGAUGAGGGGCUCCCUUUUGAUCUAAGUUUGUGGAGAGGGGAGAUUUCUCUCUUUCCCCCUCUAAGAAAAAACCCUCUCUUUCUCCUCUCCCACCCUCAUUGGGUAUUAGAGGCAUCCAGGCAAGGGGUGUGUGUGUUUUCAUCCCAACUUCAUCAAUGGGCAAGAAGAAAUAAACCUCCCCUCCUUGCAUGCUUUGAGCAAGACCAAUUGGGAACCCCAUAUCUAUAGUAAAUUUUCGAAAGGCACCUAAAAGAGGACAGCACAAUUUAUUCCAGCUCCUCCUCCUCUAUAGCACAAGGAGUAACAAUCUUCUUGACUUUAGACAGCCUCAUUUUUUGGACCAGAUCCUGAUGAAUGUUGUGUCUUUCUCCUCAGUCAGCUGAAAUCUGGUUAGAAUGAUGUCCCUCUUAUUGCUUCAUCAGCCCAAUGCAAUCUGAGAAGGGCUCAGUGAAGAAAACCUGCUUCGAUGGUCUAAUAUGACUACACCCUGCUUAUUCUGUAACAGCCCACACCCUGCUUACCUAAGAGUAAGUGCCAUCGAAUUCAAUAGGGCUUACUUCAGAGUAGACAUAGGGCUGCUCUGCUGGAUGCUCUCCCCGGGGAGGCUCGCCUGGCGCCUUCCUUACAAAUAUUUAGGUGCCAGGCAAAAUCGUUCCUCUUCUCCCUGGCCUUUGACUAUGGCUUUUGAAACAGGGUGGGGGGCUGGUGGUGGUAUUGUUUUUGUUCGUUACUAUGAUAUAUAUAUUUGUGUUUUUACAUUGUAAACUGCCUUGUGAUUUUUGAAUAAAGUAUGGUAUAGACAUUUAAUUAAUAAAUAAAUACCAAAAAUGUAGCUGAAUAUUAGACUUUUGUUGAAUAAUUAGUAUAGAAAUGCAUGUUCGACUGUCUUUCUGCUCCCGUUGACAGAAGAUAACUACAUGGUGAUUGAUAAUCGUCUGACUGCUAAUCACUUUAUCUCCAAAGGGUGAUCUGGAAGUUAUCCUCAAAUGCUUUGAGCAAGGCUGUUUUUCUGCUGUCUGCACCUGGAGGCUUGGAAAGGAGUUAGAAGGAGCUGGCAAGCUGAAGAGUUGUCAUCAUGCCCAAGAGAAAGUCAGCCUGUCUGGGUGGAGAGGUAGAGGCUGUAGCUGCCAGCCACCAUCCUGCCCACCAGGGAUCAGUCCUCACUAGGCCACGUUUAUCUAGUAAAAAUAUUUAUUGGCAUUUAUUAGCAUAAACCCAGAAACAGGAAGUAAACUGUAAGGGCACCUAUAGGGAAGACUAAAAAAAAUGGGUCAGUGUGGCAACAGGCACAUCCACUGUGGUUCAUUUUUGGGGAAAAGGCAUUAUAGAAAAGUAUGUGAUCAUUGUGUACAUGCCUCCCAUGUGGGGUGGGAAUGGAAAAUAAGAAAAGGUGCCAGCUAGGAGUUUUAGCUCAAAGUGUGAUACAAUCUGGCAUUGUUGGCAGACGGAAGGCAGGAUUCAACAUGUUAAGAGACUGCAGUGACUGAGGAGUGUUUAGGGCAUGCUGGGUUCUGAAAGGAAAGAACAGCGAACGAGUUUCUUAAACUUACAGUUUGUUCUGAGAACUUUUCAGUUAAGCGUUUUGUUUUGACAAGUAACAACCUUGCUGGUAGGAUGUAGGAGCUGUUGAAUAUGUCUGUUUAUAAAUUACUAGGCUUAACAGGUUUAUGGGGCUAUUGUUUCACCUAUUCUCUUCGGUCUCAGCCAGGCUUCCUGCCGAGUAGGCAUAGCCUGGGUGCCAGAGGGAUCAGUAGCUGUCUAGCUGCUUGUGUCUUUGGGUCUCUGGGCCUUGUGGAGGGCUUUUCUGAAAAAGCCCAUGCCUCUGUGGGCGAAGUCAGAGUUUCUCAAACUUCUGAACUCCUUCUGAACUCACCUCCCUUCUGUACCUCAAUUUAUAGAGACGCCAGUCUGUUGGGCAAACAAGUACAUAGCAGUCCACUUCAGCCAGCCAAUCUGACCCCCCAACGGAUUGCUCAUCACUCCCCCCACUCCCUCCACCAGCGCUGGCAAAAUCUCACCAGAAGCCACAGCUGGCAUAGAUGAGAAAUGCCUGCAAGCUGGGCAGCAGCACCAAAGCAUGCCAGCGGAAAAAGAGAGGGUGCUGGCCUUGCCUUUCCUCUCGAUGCUGGCUGCUCAGAAGGAGGAGAGCCUCUUGUCUGGCCAGCAGAACUGGGACCCCUUGCAUGGCCAGACAAGUGUUCAUUCCCCUCCAGGCGUUUUGAUGUCUAAGGCAGCCCUAAUUCUUUUCCAGCUCCAGCAGCCUCUGGCUCAGCCAUCCCUAAUUAUUUUCAGUUGAAUGACCCCAACCUACAAAAAGGCUAAAUAAGGGAAAACACAUCAUGAUUUAUUGCUGAAUGCAAAGUACACUUGCAGCAAAGUCUACAAUCCCAAAGCAACCCUCUGUGGGGCUUACUUCUGAGUAGACAUGUAUAGGAUUGGACUGCUGCUCUACUGUAUUGGAACAUAUAUUUUAACUGUUCAAGAAACUACAGUGUUCUAGUUAGAUCUGUCACAAAGUGUUUCUGUCCUUGUCGUCGUGCUCAGGAAUUGUUUGCCAAUGCCAGGAGCAGUUCCGCACGCAUGAAUGCGCCACUGGAAGAAUCCUACCAAGCGCACGGAAACAAUCCGCUUGUCUCUAACUGCACAGAUUUGCUUCUCUGCCCAGCAGGAUUUAUAUGGAGGCCUUUCCUUUGAGGAGAGGAAGAGUUGUUUUCCUCACAUGGUUCUGUGUGGUUGUUGUCUUAAAAUUCAAUUGCUAACAUUUCCUUUUCUUAGGAUAACCCGCUACUUAAUGAUUUAAAAAUACCUCAAUCAAUGCUAGUUGUCCAGAGGAUUUUACUGUGAAAGUUGCCCAGCCCUUGCCAGGACUGGCUCCCAGGUUGGCAGCUGUAAGGGCUUUCCUUAGAGAGGAUUCCAUAACUUUGACACUGAAAGAAAAAUCUCUGGACCUGUCUGUUUUCAGCACCCAGUAUCCUUUCUAGGAUGUGUGCUAGCGAGGUUGUGGCACAGUUCGAAGAGGUUUUGGGUGGAAUGGAUGAUCAAUAUUGCUUCCAGUCUAGCCUUCAGCCUCACUGUGGCACGGAAACCACCUUUGCCGCCCUACUGGGAGAUCUGGGCCAAGAGAUGCGCCAGGAGAGUGUGAAGCAAGGAGGGCUCAGAAGCGCACCUUGGCAAAUGGCACUGAAAGGGAAAGGAAGCAGGCAGGGAAACCACCGCAGUUCAGAUUAUGCGCUCGUGGUCAGAACUGGAUUUACUCUCUGGAAAUGCAAGUGGCAUUUGUUGACACUAGAGCUAGGUGAUACAUUGUCAAAAACCGGCUUGAAUUUUACUUCAUGAUAACUGUUUCAUAAUAUCUGACCUGGCAAUAUAUCGUGAAUCACAACGUGUGUGAGGACUGGGUGAUAUCUGGUUUUCAACAUUGCAAUAUAUCACCAGCAAAACAUUGCAAUAUAUCAUGAUGUCUGAAAUAAGGAUGGAAUUAUGCAGAGGCAAACAGGGUAACAUCCUGGCAACUGCUACUACUUAAGGGUAAAUAACGAUAAAUGACGAUAUAUCAAUCACCGCACGGUCCCCUUCAUCAGCAUGCAAGCCAAAAUGUAUCCACACAGGGCUUUGGGUCGAGAGGAAUGAGUCUUUCCCUCCAAAUGUGUGCAAGCGGCUGAGACCAACCUUGAAGGACUGUUGUCAAGACUGCAGCGCUGGGAGGGGGAAUAAAUAACCAUAGCAGAGGAGCGGAGGGAAAACCAAGGCAAGGGGGAGAGAAUUCUUUGCCUGUCUGACCCAGACUGGCCUUGCAGGGCUGUAAGCAGGUCUCCUGCCAGAAACAGAGAGCGGGGAGAGAAUCCCAAAACAGAGAGGCUUCCUUUACUCUGUGUCCAAGAGCUACAGCCCAGGGAUGAGGAGAAUGGAGAAUGCGUGAGAAUUACUGGAAGCUCCUCCACGAGGUUCAGCUUUGGCUCCAGGCACCGUCUAUGGUGCUGUUAGCAGGCCUUGGACAUAUUCUGCCAUGGAGGUGCAGCUUCAGUCAGAGACCUUCAAACUCUUCCUGAAAGAAAAUGCCAGACAGGGAGAAGGGGCAGGAGGGCAAUGUGAUCUUGUGGCUGACAGCCCUGGCUUCCAAUCAGGGAAGGACUUUGCCAAGGCUUUCUCUGACCACAUGCCUGGGGGAGGGCUCUCCCAGAGCUGUGCCUUGGCUUUCCCCUGUGAUGACAAAAUAAAUUUGUCAGUCACAAUGGAUCUUUCCCCACCCUGGUGUUUUCUUUCUAUGGUAAGGUUACAGACAUUGGUGUCGCUUUCAGCAGAUACUUGCCUGUAAGUUUUUAUUUUUAAUGUCCAAAUCGCUGAGGCAUCAUGAAGUGCUUUGGGGUUCCCACUCUGGUUUGGGGUGCUUCAUACGGAUUGUGCUUUGCCUGAGACUAGCCCAGAAUCCCUUUAAGUCAGGGGUCGGCAAGGCUUACUGGGCAUGGGCCACAUCACUCCCGCGGAGAUCCUCCGUGGGCUGGGCUAGCGCAGUGUGAUGCCAGAAAUCACUUCUGUGCAUGCCCAGAUGCCGAAAAUCACGACCGUGCAGAAGCAAUUUUCGGCGUCUGGGCAUGUGCAAAAGUGAUUUUUGGCUUCGCGGACAUGCGCAGAUACGAUUUCCAGCAUUUGGGCAUGCGCAGAAGCGAUUUCCGGAGCCGCGGAAGAGAGUCCUGGUGCUGUGCUGUGCUGGUUUAGUGCAGCGUGUGGGGACUCGCCGAGUGGGCGGCUCUGUUUGGGGGUGGCUCAUGGGCCUGUUAUGCGACCCUCGUGGGCCGCUUCCGACCCAUGGGGCUUAGGUUGCCGACCUCUGCUUUAAAUCAACCAGUUUGGUAUUCACAAUCUUCUGCAUUCCCUGCACACCUCUAGCGUCAGUUGUUUGCAAUCAAUUAUUUGUCAUCUUUCUGUGAGAAAUUGGACCAAAGGACAACACAUGGUUGAUUCCUUGAGUGCUUGUAUGUAGCUAUUGAAACAAGGGCCUUUUGACAAACCACCUUAUGAGGCUCUCUGUCUUACAUAUUUGGACCCGUCCGCCCCUCUUUUGGGGGGUAGGCGACCAGCCUGGUUGUCUAACAUGUGUUAUAAUGAUUGCGGUUUCCCCAGGUGGCUGGGCUGUCAGCAAACCAAUCAAGAUGCAGUAGGUUAUCAGCAGUGAUCUGAGUAGAUCAAAAAGGUUGGCUUUCAGGGUCAAAGACUUAACCACCGUUAAACAAAACAAAACAAAACAAAAUGUAUGUCCACUGCACUCUUCUUCUGUGCUCAAGGGGAGGCAUUAAGAAUGCUGGCUCCUCCAGGAAGCCAUGCUGGGUGUUACAGAUUCUCCCUCGGAUUAAUAAAGGCUGGAGGGAAAGGGAACUACCAGGUGUAUCUCAAACUAUAGAAUUGCCAUUGCAAUUGCAAGAAGAGUGCCACUUAUCCUCUCUGAUAUUUCUAAAGCAGCACUGAAUUAUUACCAGUUUGAGGGAACUCAGCUCUCAUGACCAUAUUUUUUGAUCUGAAAAGAGGAAGGAAAGAAAAAAAUGGCCUCUGUUUAUUUUCGUGCUGUAAAUCAUUCAGGUGUGUUUCACGAGGGACUGAAAUUGAGCAAACCAGCUACAAGCACAGACCCUGAGCAGAGGAUUAAAGGCAAACAGCAGACUGAAGUCCCCCCAAAGCAUUUCACGGCACGGAUUUAGUUCCUAAAUGUGGGUGUCUAAAGGCAGAAGGAAGGCUUUGCUUGAACCGCCGGCCUAGGAGCAGGCGUGAUUCACCCCCAUUUGUUUUGUAUUCCAAAACAGAAAAGAAGAAAGGGAGGCAUGCUGCCUUUUGCCCACUAAACACCCAGACCGUCCUCCUUCCUGUCAAUGAGGCGCCCAGGAAAGUAUUCAGCCGGACAAUGGAGCCUACGGGGACCAAGAUGGCCUUGCUCAGCAACGUCCUGGCCGCCUAUUCCUUUGUCACAGGUAGGCCCCCCCCUCUGGCCACCACUUCUGUUUGCUCAGGGGGUCAGCUAUCUUUUUCAUCAGGGGGCCGGUCCACUGUCCCUCAGACCUUGUGGGGGGCCGGACUAUAUUUUGAAAAAUAUAAAUGCCCUGCAAGCCGGUCCCGCAGCUGCCUGUGGACCUGGAGGAGGAAUGCACUCUGCACAUGCUCAGGAGCACGUCUCGGCACUGCCCGCUCACCGGCGUUGUUGAUGAGCCACAGCCGCUCCAUCCGCCCGUCCCCGCGGAGCUCCCAGGCGGCGUGCACCAAGCGCUGCGGCCCGUCGUCCGAGGCCAGGUCGGAGGGGCAGGCCGCGCACGCAGAGCGCCAGGCGCAGGGCCAGCAGGCACGCCAAGCUCCGGCUGAAGCCCCGCGACACACCCGUCACGAUGCCCGUGGCACGACCCAGACCCGCCGGCCUCUCCGCCCAUGCCCAUGCCGGGUUUACCGCAGAGCGCGGGCGGCAAGGCUUCGGAUUGGCUGCAGGAACUCCAAAGCUGUGCCAGCGUUGCCACCUGCCCAGAGCCGUCCGUGGCUUCCUGCAGCCAAUCCAAAGCUGCGCCAGCGUCGCUGCCUGCCCAGAAGCCAUGCCAGUAUCGCGGACGUCAGUCCCCGUGUGGCAAGGCGUCCUCAGCAUGUGGGGACUGACCGAGCAGGCGGCAGGGUCCGCGGGCCAGAUUUAGGAGCCUGGGGGGGCCACAUCCGGUCCCCAGACCUUAGUUUGCCGACCCCUGUGUUUACUGGAUGUUUCGUGAGGCUGUACCAGGGUAUCUGAAGAUCACAUUUCAAGGCUGCAUCAUCAUCAUCAUCAUCAUCGUUAUUAUUAUUAUUAUUAAAACUUUUUGAUUUGUUUUUGUCAACCGGAGAACUAAAGGAGUCCAGAAAAGGGAGUGUUGUGUGUAUUUUCUGUGGUUUCUGAUGCCCUGCUAGUUCAUUGUGUUUUGUACACACUUCUGCUUCACCAGAAGAGAGGACAGAAGAGGACUCACACUUGCAUAGAACUUGCAUGGUGCUAAUUGAUAUGUAUAUAUGCAAAUUUUAAAGUAAUCGUGAUUUAAAUUUCACAUAAAACAAGUCAGCCAGUUUCCCACCACAUCACCCCAAUCUUGUCUAUUAAAUCGGACCCCACCUUAUAUCAUCCCCAGCAAUUCUUCCAUUAGUUUAACACCCAGAGUCCAAAAUAAAUUCCCCUUCAAUUAAUUAUCCCCAUUCAUCAUCAGCCACAUAUCAUUAACCUUGUCUCACAUGAAAGGAAUGAGAAGUAAAAAGGGUGGUGGAGAUUCUCCCUAUUAGACAAAGGAGCCAGUAGGUAAUCUGUUAUACCUUUACUGAUUUUUUUCAAAAAUAUUUAAGCAGAAACCGCAAGCCAGUAGCUGAGCUUCAACCUCAGAUGUACCAGGGCGGUGUGUGUGGCGACACCUCAAGACCUCUGUGCCAUAGCAAUAUUUCUGAAUUAGGAUUGGUGGAGUGUUGGCCAGAGAAGGAUUUUUAACAGCUUGGGCUGGUUCAGCAGUUGGAAGAAGAGAGCCCAGCUGCUGCGCUGCCUCCUCUGUUCUGAUCCCCUCCUUCUUGAAGCGGGUUUGCCCUGGAAGCUGCUGCACGAUACGGUCACCAAGGUGCUCCCUGGCCCACCUGGGGGGAACCAUGUUGCUGCUCCUUGGUUCCUGGGCCCCCUUGAGGGCGUUAAUGCUGAUAUAGGAAACUUUAGAUGGCUUGGGGCCCAUGUUUCCAAUAGAGGGCCUCUUCCAGUAUUAGCCAACUGGGCUCUGAGAGGGGCCCUUUGCUGUCCUGCUGGAAGAUGGCCCUUUCUUACGACCAGGGAGCUACCUUACUGGGCUUAUGAUGCCAGGCCAAACCCAUCGAUUUACCAAGGCCCUGGGUGGCAGUGACAGAGAAAGUGCCUGGAGGCUGGGGUUGAUCACGCUACUCUAUUUUGCCGUGUUAUUUCAGUAGUAGCAGCGAUUUAUUAAUGUGCUCUUAUUUGAAGUCCAUCCCUUUAUGAACUUCAAAGUGGCAAAUACUUCUUUUUCAUUCUUAAGAUUAAAGACCUCCUCACUGAGGAGCCAACUCUCUGUCCUGUAAUUUAGAGAAUUAAUGAUACAGGUAUAUUUACUCAGCUCAAGAAAACUUGGCUUCUCUUCAACUGAAGUGUGAAAAUGAAGUAAUUGAUGGAAUGUCAACAUUUUGAAUAAAUGUUUCCUCGGGUUACAACAUUUAUCUUUCAUCUACCCUUGUGUUGUACUCCUUGCAUGAUAUCUUUCAGUUCCUUUCCCCAUAUAAUUAUUCCUUUGCAACAUGGGAAUUAUGGGUUUCAUACCUAUGUUUAAAUUUGCUAGGACUUGAAUUUGCUAGGGAUGAGUAGAUUGCCCUGUUUUAUUCCAUUAUUCUGUUGCUUUUCUGUUUUUUCUUGGGUUCUACCCCACUGCCAAGGAGAAAACAAACAAAGUAUUGUUUCUGUGAAAGGAGGAAAUGCCUAUUCCUUCAGCUUUUUAAAAACAGAGUCUCUCUGCUGAAUUGCACCAGUGCCACAGCAAGGAGCCUUUUAACUUCUAGACUUCAAGUUAGUACGUAUAUUCUUAUUCUUUCAGUAUAUAAAUAGGUUGCACAGUGUGUGAGGAUUCUAUCUUUUAAAACUAAGACUGUCCCUAUCGUUCCACUCUUUUUUAAACAAAAACAAUACCUUUUUUUUCAAGGUAUGGGUAAAAAUAGAAAGCAGCCUGCUACCCCCGUCGCCAUGAGUGGUACAAGAUUCCAGGGGUUCCAGGCGCUUCUCCAGAGUUCAUGUUUCCUUUGGGAAUGAGGCACAGCAGAAACUGUGGCGUCUUUAGGAUAUAUGGUUUAUAGACACAUGUACACAACGUGAGCCUUUUCUGGAGGGGUUUCCAGCAUUAGCAUCCCCAAAGGGUCUUGUUUCUCUCAUAGCCCCAGCUUUGGAUUCAUACAGAUCUCAAGCAUUGCUCUCCAAAAUUGCUCUGACUCUCCUGCUUACUGCUGUGUUUGCCCAUCAUAUUAUUACUCCUCUUCCUUACACCAAGCUUCUAGAUCACAUUUCUUCUCACUUUCUACUCUGGCUUUAUCUUUGGAGGAAGGAGCCUCACCCUUUUGCCAUCUCAAACAGAGUCCUUUUGAUCCAUUGUUCUCUUAAUGGCCAUCAUCCCUGACCACUGGUCCUGUUAGCUAGGGAUGAUGGGAGUUGUAGUCCUGAAACAUCUGGAGGGCUGAGUUUGCCUAUGCCUGAGGUAGAAUAGAGAUACCUUGCCUAGUAACCUUUGAUAGCCUUGCCCUUGAUGAAUCUUGUCUAAUCUUCUUUUAAGCCAUACAAGUUGCAGGCAUCACUGCCCCAGAGCCAGUUCCAUCGUGGAACCAUGCGCUUUCCUGAAUCUGCCAACAUUUCACUUUAUUGGAUGCCCACAAAUUCCGGGAGGAAAACUUCUCUACCCACCUUCUCCACAGUAGACAUGAUUUUAUAAACUUCUUUCAAGUCACUUCGUACUCACUUUCCCCCUAAAUUAAAAGACCCAGCCUGGGGUUGGUGGAAGAACUGUGCCUGGAUUGACAGAUGACAGUUUUGAGGCAGCUCAGGAUCUAGCGGAUCCUAGGUUAGCUUGGUCCCUCCCCCAUGUGGGUGCUUCUGCGGUGCUUAGCUCACCCUUCAGUCAACCUUCCUGCAGCUGCGAUGGGGAUCUGUGCUCUUGGAUGCUGGCCCUGCAUGGUAGGCAGGGGGCAGCUUUUGGCUGCAUGACUGGGGGUGUGGGGGUGGGUGUCUCGGGUCGCAGCCUCACUUUGUCCCUCAAGUAAUCUGGUGCAGAGGGAAGCCGAUAGUAUGGGUCUGGUACCUCUGUCCUGUGUCCUGCCCACAGCAGUAGGUCUGCCAUAGCGGCCGGGGUUGUUUGAAGCUCAGCACACAUUCAGUAUAACCUCUGUGGAUGGUGCCAUUUUAUGACCUCGCCUCCAUUAUCAUUCAUAUUUAAAUCAUUAUUUUAAUUAUUGCUAAAAUGCUUUUCCGAUAUGCUCACCACUGUUUCUUUCAGUGGAAGAAUUAUAGCAUUCUAACAUCACGCCGUACUGCUAUAAUUCAUUAUAGCUACAAGAAAGAAGAUUCCACCUAAACAUUAGGAAGAACUUCCUGACAGUAAGAGCUGUUCGACAGUGGAAUUUGCUGCCAAGGAGUGUGGUGGAGUCUCCUUCUUUGGAGGUCUUUAAGCAGAGGCUUGACAACCAUAUGUCAGGAGUGCUCUGAUGGUGUUUCCUGCUUGGCAGGGGGUUGGACUCGAUGGCCCUUGUGGUCUCUUCCAACUCUUCUAUGAUUCUAUGAUUCUAUGAGCAUUGCUAUAACACUCUAGUCCAGUCACAAUGUAACAAUGACUGAAUGACAGCAUCACGUGGAGUCCCAUAAAAAGGGGGUGAAUGCACUGUAGCAAAUCCAAAAUUGUAUUCCUAGCGUUGGAGGCCCCCAAAUGAGAUGCAUUCGUGUACAACUUUGGCCUGGAAGCACUCCUUAAGGAAUUACUUUCCCCAAACACAUUAGAUAUUUUAGUUGCAUGUCUCGUUUUAAUUUCUCACCUCAGUGUGUCACCAUCUAACUAGAUCACUGCCUUCUCUAAUGACUUACUCCUUUGACUUUCUCCUCGUUCUCUUUAUCCUGCAUCUCGAAGGUCCAGGCGUGUGUUCAGUCCCCCACCGCAUCUCCCACAACAGAUUGUGUCUCAACUAGAUCUCCUCAUCUACAUUUUCUUAAUAUGAGCCUCACAUCCCUUUCCUCCCCCCACCCCACCCCACCCCACCCUACUCUGAGGCUCAAACUUAUCUCUGUCCCCUUGUUUGGUAGAAAGCCAAAGGAUUACAAAGCUGUUUAGAAUUCACGUUUUCUUUGUUGGGCAUAUCAUUUUAUUCCUCUGCACCCUUUAAAAAACAUUUCCUCUUCUACAUUUCAGAAAAUCCUGAGCGAGCUGCUUUGUAUUUUGUGUCUGGCAUUUGUGCAGGCCUUCUCCUGACCUUGCUGGUUUUAGUACUCCGAAUCUCCUGUCAAACUGAUUGCAAACCAUUGCAAACCAAAAAGCCAUCGCGGGACAGUGACACCGAUGGCAGUGACAGCGACGAUGACUCAGACACUGCGUCUGACCUGUCUGCUCGACGGCACCGCAGGUUUGAAAGAACGCUGAAUAUGAACGUUUUCACCUCGGCUGAGGAGCUAGAGCGAGCUCAAAGGCUGGAAGAAAGGGAGCGCAUCAUACGAGAGAUUUGGAUGAAUGGGCAGCCAGAUAUCCCAGGGACCAGGAGCCUAAACCGUUACUACUAACAGCUGGCCACUGCUACCACCUGGUCCAGCAGUCACAGCAUCCUCUAAACCUGUUGCUACUCAGGGAAGAGGGGAAACUCAAGAGUUCCCAAGGCAAGCUAACCUUAAGCUUUGCCUCCAUUUUCCCCAGGCAAAUUGCAAUCAGGGUUUUGCUCACAGACAUCUAUUGCUGUUGCUGGUUUUUUUGGAGCAGAGGGGACAUACCAGACAAAAAACUCACUUUAUAUUGAUUUGAAAGCAUCUAUAUCAUGGAUUUUUUUUACCACAUACCUGGCAAGGAUGAGAUUUGCUUGUAUAUUGUUUUAACAAUCAGGAUCCUACUAGAGGCAGGGCUGUAGCUAGGGGUUGGCGAGGUGGGUCUCCGCCAGAGGCACAGGCAAUUGGGGGGCACAAAAUCGUCUGAAAAAUAUGUCCAUAAAUAUAAAUAUUGAUUAUUGCCUCAUAAGAAAUGGUUUUAAAUAGAGGGUGAAUUGAAUGGGGGGGGGGGUCGGGUUGGAAGAGAGGAGGGAAGAAGAGCUAAUUUGUCCAUGGCUGGGGGUGCAAUUUGGAUGGUUCUGCCAGGGGCGCAAGAUCACCUGGCUAUGACUCUGCCUAGAGGUGAUUAAAAUACAGUGUUGGUGAAGAGGGAACCGAAGCAGUAAGUCAUGAUAAGGUUUGCAACAUUGGGAAAUUGUGGAAUUAACCCAUGUACAAAAAAACCAAACCUUCAGAACUGAGUAUUCUCACACUAUGAAACUAUCUUGGUGCUUGGAUGCUCAAUAUUCUGUCUUGUUAUUUAAGGCUGUUUCAAAUCUUGCUUUAGUGGCAGCAAUUUUUUAAAAAACUGUUAUCUCAGGGAUAAAAUCCUUCUCCCAAUACAAGUUCCCCCAUCCUUUCCCCCCAUCCAAUAUUUUUCCCAUGGGGGCUUGUUAUUGCAGAAGUUGUCAGUGGUGAGUAAACUGUUAAAAACCUCAAAGGUUGAAAGGUUUUGUGAGUGUUUGUGAGAGUGCGCGCGUGCACACACACACACACACACACACACACACACUGCUGUGCAGUGCCUUACUGAUACUAAACUGUAGUUUUCUUAUUAGCAGUUAUGCAUAAAUAUUUCAUAUACAGUAUUAUAUUCCCCCUUUCCCACCAAAAAUAGUUUUUUUCACAGUUGCAUUGCAGGAAUACAAUGGGAGCAAGAGUGGCUUAAAAAAACCACACCAGGAUGAAUUUACUUGCUUCAAUUUUUUUUAAAAAAACAUCAAUCUUCUGUUUCAGGUAAAUGCACUAGAACAUAAAUGAUUUUUGUACAGAUUCCCCAAAACUGCAGACCUUCCAACAUUCCUUAGAUGAAAAUAGGGACAUUUCUCCCUCCUUCCCAUUUUUGCUCCCCUCCAGAGCAUUUCCUGUCCGAAGUAAGGCGAGUGCUGUCACCCCUAAGCCAACAGGGCACAGCGCACCUCCAGCACCCUGAGAAAACCCCUUAAUCUUGAUUUUGUUUUGUUUUAUUCUUUGCUAGAUUUACAACAAGAAAAGCACACACAAAACCUAAAUUUUACAAGGGAGCAAGGCUAGACAUGGAUGAACUAAACAUUUUUUUUUAAAAAAAAUCAAGACGCUUUGCCACCCAGGGUGGCCCUGCCCUCUGCCUGCCCCUCAGAGCCAGGGCAUUGUGUGGGGCUGGGCCCCUCUGCUGGUGGCGGCAUCCUCUCCUCCUCUUCCUCACCUGCUCUCCAGCAGCCACUACAAGCUGCCCAAGGGUGGAGAGGCCAUGGGGUGCUCCCUUGCAGCCCCCGUCACUCAGGACAAGCGCCGGCCCUCCUCCUCCCCCAGCUCAGCAGCAGCAGCACUGGAGGGGGGGGGGAAUAGGGACAUUCUGGGAUCAAAUCAGGAGCCGGGUUUUGUAAUUCCAGGAUGGUCCCUGGAAAAUCGAGGCCCUUGAAGGGUAUGAAGUUGCUGCAACUGAGAAAACAGCUGUUUCAUCCUGUUCAUCUGGCCUUAGGGUCUGAACACAACCAAAAUCUUCCUCGGUGGCCCAAGCAUUCCCAGAAGUAACAGCCCAAGCUUUCAGCAGGAUCGGAGCGGGCCUGAUCCUGUAAACAUGAACUAGGCUCCUUGCUUUUAUAACCGGUUCAAGUCAUUUCUGCUGGAAGUUGUUGGCUGGUUUGCACACAUGGAUCCCUGAUGUGAAACUGCUCAGUGGCCUUAGAUAUAGUAAAGGUGAUAAAAUGUUUUCUGCGUUUCUUAUGUCUACCAGGCAUUAAUAGCCUGACAAGAAUUCCAAGGAGUUAAUAAGGCUUCCUUUCCUUCUUCCCGAACCUACAGUGCUGCUAGUUAACUCUUCUGCUGCACACAAAUAAAAUUGUACAAAACAAAAACAAAGCCAUUUAACACUGGGUCCUUGGCAUGUGAAGUGUGUGUCAAGGGGCUGACAUUUUCCCUCAGUCCUUCAGAUAGAUGCUCAGCCCUUUCUAAACUUUAAGUUAACUAUUUCUAUAAUCUGUUCUGCUAGUACUCUUCCUGUAGGUCUAGACAGCUAUGCCUCUCUGUCUUUGUGCCCUUAGAUCACGAACUACCCAUGCAUUUUUGUCUCUGCUCCUGCUGACGCUUUUUCGUAUGCAGCCUCCACAGCAUCUGGUGACUGCGGAGUCAAACAGGCCUUUGGCCAUCUUACUUUUGUAGUUAAAAGCCUAUGCAACUAAAAUGUCACUCAGCAGUGAUGACUGGUGUCCAUCUGGACGGGAAGAACUGAGGGCAGAGAGCAGGACAGCCAGUGGUAGGUGGAGCUGGCCAUCUUUUAGUACUCCUCUUCCUCCCUUCCAAGGACACGAAGAAAACGUAAGCACCUCAGUCCAAGACCUUAAUAACUACCGGAAGAGUAUUAUCUUAAAGUAGACUGGUUCAUGUAAACGGCUGUCCUUGCUUGCUGCCUCUGCCGAUUUCUAAACUGGAGAUAAAAUCUGUGACUGACCUGCCUCUCAGCUCCAGUGUGGCAGGGAGAAGAACCCAGGGUCCAACCAGGAGAUGAGUUGCCAUGGAUCGAUGACCAUGAAGGAAAAAUGGAAAUUAAAUUGUAGAAGAUGACGCUAAAAGAUAUUUAGGAUUAUUUGUUUCUUCGUGUCUACGGGGCAUCCAGAUUUUGUGAAAUUUCCUGGAAUCAAAUGGCAGCCGCAUUAGAGCACAUUUCAAAAGCCAUAUUUUGAACUUAGCACUGUCCGGGCGCUCUUCCAGAGUAGAGAGUCCAGGCCUGGGUGAUGGAUUUUUUUUCUCCUGGAAACCUGCUAAUGUUCUUUUGCUAAGAAUGGUCUCUUAGGUUCUCUUUCUAGGUUCCCUGCUGACAAGUAGGGCUGCUAGUAUUCCUGUUUUCUUACUUCAAUUAAAUAUAUUUCAGCGAAUUCUUGUCCCAUAUUCCCAUGACUCAUGAAAUACAGCUUUAAAAAACAACAACUUGCUUUGCUAUACAUUUACCUCCCCACAAAGGGCUCACCCAGACUUCACUUGUGGCACUGCUUCCCCCUGGGAAAACCUGCUAUUUCCUGCUGAAUUGGAGCAAACAACAAUCAGAUUUUCUGCGCAUUGUCGUUUGCUCCGAUUCCAUGCUAAAGAGCGGGUUUUCCUGGGGAAAGCAGUGUGGCAAAUGGGAAACCACUGGGACUUGUUCUUUCUAGGCACGGGUCAAGUGGAAAGUGGACAAGCCCAAAGUCUUUUUCUUCUCCCUUUAAGUGCUAAACAAAGUUUUUAUUUUCAUGUAUUAAAAAAGUGGUUUUCUCUAUCUUUCUCUCCCCAGUGUUUUAAAUGUUUUUCUUCUCCCUCUCUCAGAAAGUGGGAAAUUACUCCUU